AAAGUAAAGCUGCAACUCCUGGAUACUAAAUAAUGGAGGACAUUUCCAUGGACGCUUUGAUUCUGAAACUCCACGACGUGAACGCUGUGAAGUUUGGCGAAUACAAACUGAAGAGCGGCUUGUUGACGCCGAUUUAUAUCGACCUGAGGGUCCUGGUGUCCUACCCUGCUCUCAUGAAUCAGGUGUCAAGCCUCCUCUACCAGCGAGUGCAACAAGAGAGCCUUCAGUUUGACUCCGUGUGUGGUGUUCCAUACACAGCCCUCCCCCUGGCCACAAUUAUCUGCUCAAGACAUGAUCUCCCUAUGCUCAUCAGGCGAAAAGAAGCCAAAGACUAUGGAACCAAGCGGCUGGUGGAGGGGGCAUUUCAUGAGGGUGAUACAUGUUUAAUCAUUGAGGACACAGUGACCAGUGGCAGCAGCAUCCUGGAGACAGCAGAAGUCCUCCAAAAAGAAGGGCUGAUGGUGACAGAUGCCAUUGUUCUGAUGGAUCGAGAGCAAGGCGGUGUGGAGAUGUUGGCCUCUCAUGGGAUCAGGCUCUUCCCUGUCAUCUCCAUGUUCAAGCUGCUUGAUGUGCUGCAUGCAGCUGAACGCAUCGAUGACCAAACCGCCCAGAGCGUUCGCAAGUUCAUCCUCAACAAUAACACUUUCAGCUCUAAUAAGAAGGAAAAAGGCAGUAACGUUCCAGCUGCCAAGAAGCCGUGUGUGGAACCAAAGCAAGAGCUGAGCUACGCAGCCAGAGCUGAGUUGCCAAACAUUCACCCCCUGGCAUCAAAGCUGCUGAAGAUCAUGGAGGAGAAACGGUCUAACCUCUGUGUUUCUGCUGAUGUGACCUGCAGCGAGGAGCUGCUGCAGCUGGCAGAGUCUCUUGGUCCAACAAUCUGCAUGUUGAAGACUCAUGUAGACAUCCUGAAGGACUACACUCCAGCUGUCAGUCAGAAACUGCAGGCGUUGUCUGAGAAACACAACUUCCUCAUAUUUGAAGAUCGCAAGUUUGCUGAUAUUGGGAAUACAGUCAAGCAUCAAUAUGAAGGUGGUGUGUUCCAGAUCUCGUCGUGGUCCCAUGUAGUUAAUGCCCAUGCAGUUCCGGGGCCGGGGGUCGUGAAGGGCCUGAGUUCUGUAGGGAAGCCUCUUGGGCGUGGCUGUUUGCUCAUUGCACAGAUGAGCUCCCAGGGCUCUCUGGCCACUGGUGAAUACACGAAGGCUGUGCUGCAGAUGACGGAGGAGCAUUCAGACUUUGUGAUUGGAUUCAUUUGUGGCUCAAAGAUCACAGAGAAGCCAGAGUUCAUCCACAUGACACCUGGUGUGCAGAUGCAAGCUAAAGGAGAUUCACUGGGCCAGCAGUACACGGCCCCAGAGGAGGUUAUCUACAGCAAAGGCUCUGAUGUCAUCAUUGUGGGACGCGGUGUUUUAGAGGCUUCUGAUAGGCUCGAAGCCGCCGAGUCGUACAGAAAGGCGGGCUGGGAUGCUUACUUGAAGAGAGUGAGGCGAAGCGACCAGUGAGACCUCAGAAGUGUUUAAUUUCUGAUUGAAAG